AUGGUCACUGACUGUUUUCUGUACCUGGACAACUUUUAUUAUGCGGAUUGGUUGAAGGAUUGGAAGAGUGGUCCCCGAUCCUAUCCAUGGAUGGUUGAGUAUUGUCUCCGUCCAGCAACGUGGCCUAUAAUCUCGCCACCCCAAAAGGGUAUUCGAUUAUUCAUUCGGCGGUCAAGGCCAUAUGCCGUGCGCCUAGCCUUGCGAACAAUGAAAUCCCGGAAGAUUAAGUGGAAUGCGGAGACGCAAUUGUGUCUCAUGAACCGAUUUAUACAGUUGGGACAAGUGGAACGGGCUCUCGAUGCCCUGAAAGUCAUUCCUCGAUUGAAUGACUCUAAUUUCACGAUGAAUUCACAAGGGGUCCUCCGUCACUGCUGCAAGCUGUUGACCUUGGACACCGUUGAGGAUGGCCAAAAUGGUCGCAAUUUCCGGAUUCUUCCCCAGCUGCUUGAGUUAGGCGUUCGCCCUGACCGUGAUAUGAUGAACCUUGUUCUGUCUAACGCGUUCAAGACCGGUGACUACCAACUGGGGACCGACAUGCUUGGGUUCAUGAAGAAUCAGAAUUACACCCUCGACUCCUACACAUAUGUCACUCUUCUGACUGAUGCGGUUAGUCGGGGAGACCGAGGCCGUCUCCAUGAGCUGCUGGAUGAAGUUGACGCCCAAGACGAAAUCCGCAAGAAUCCAUAUGUCGCCAGCAAAAUCUUUCAUUCCCACUAUGUCUUCACAGUCAAGCAUAUGGAUGUGGAUGCUGAUCCCUCUGAUGUCUUCUAUUCCAUGCUUGACUUGUAUAAAAGCCUCCACGAUAUCACGCCCCUCAAAGAGCUCCUCAUUCUCCCUCCUCACUACAGCCCUCAACAAGACGGGCCGAAAAUACCACCUUCUCCAAUCGCCCUUUACAUUAUGAUUGCGACAUAUUUUCGAUGCAAGAGCCGGUUCUCAACGGUGCAGCGCAUCUAUCACCAAUUCCGCGAGCUCGUGAUGCAGGGACAUCCCUCAAUCGCUCCCUUGGCCGCUACUGAUCAUACUUACAAUGAAUUCUUGCUUGCGUUUCGCAAAAGCUCUCGUGCGCUGCGGUCCUGCAGCCCGACUGGCAAGGUCAUCGCUCACACGAAGCCCACUAUGCGAAGCUGGGCUAUUCUUUUGAGUGCAUUCAUCUGGCACCGCCAGUCCUCCGCCGCAGAGAAAAUCAAGGAAAUGAUGGCCAAGCACCAGGUCGAAUAUAACGACGUGACCUGGAACCUCAUCAUCAACGGCUACGCCAAUUCUCAGAAAGUCCCUGAGACCGCGGCCGCCAUCAAGGCGAUGGAGGAACAAGGGUUUGCGAUUGAUUCUUACACCAUGAAAUCUCUACGCUAUCUCCGUGAUCCAGAGCGUCUUUGGGUCGCGGUUGAUGAGCUGGAUAAAGCUGCUCACAAGUCCGAGCCAACUCCAGCCGCCACACCUGAGCGGGAGACCAUUGUGCGCAGCAACGAAGUGAUUCGUGAUGACUUACUGGACCAGGGAUUGUCAAAAUUAGGCGAAAAGGUGAAGCCUAGGUCGUGA